CCGAGGUGGGGUGUCAAUGUCCCGAAGAGUAGCACUGCGUCUGAAGCUCUAUGAAGCUGCUGCAUUGCAUGAGUCUUUAAGGCCAUGUAUACUCGAGGGACUACCGUUGUAUUUGCUCCUUGUCCAGUGCUGACCGAAGAUCGAACUCAAUUCCAGAUUGCCAAACUCCAAGCUGAGCUCUUUUAAUUUUACUAUUGGUGAGACAUUCGAGGCGACGCUCAUCCAGUAUUCUUCAGACAGAGAUCGCCAAACGAGGGGCAAUUGCGGGGUAGCAGCUUGAGGCAGCACACGCGCACCACUUCCAGCGCAGCAAAGUUGAGAGAGCACCCGCAAAAACACCAAAGCUCCAUCGCGGGGUUAUUACGGCGCAUCGUCAAACCACCGGCCUCGUCCCACCCACCCCCACCAUCCAAAUACAAACCCGCCCCCAAAACGUCACAAGUCAUCACCAUCACACUCUUCCUUCUCUCUUCUACUCUUCUACUCUUCUACUCUUCUCCUCUUCUUCCCUUCUGGCAGUUCGGUUUUCCUUGUUCAAAGCCGUCUCUUCAGCAUUAAAGAUACCCAUUCCGCAUUCGACCUCGAACCAAACUCACGUUCGCCCACCAUGGCCGGCCCCGUUCCCACCGCGAGCGCACUCGCCGACAUCUACACAGAUGAUGCCCUCCCUAUCCAGACCAAGCGCUGGUCAUCUCUCCUCUCGCAGUUCGAGUCCGAGUACGGCCACGCAGCCUCCGUCGUCGCCCGUUCCCCGGGCCGCGUGAACAUCAUCGGCGAGCACAUCGACUACUCCCUCUACUCCGUCCUUCCCAUGGCCAUCACCGCCGACGCCAUCCUCGCCUUCUCCGUCACCGACACGCCCGCUGACUCCGAGACCUUCACCCUCCGCGUCGCAAACGCCCAGUCCGACAAGUACCCCUCUCGCACCUUUGAAGUCCCCAUCGGCGCCGACGUUCCAAUCGACUCCAAGGUCCACGAGUGGUCCAACUACUUCAAGAGCGGCCUGAGUGGCGCUCUGGAACUGCUGCGUCGGAAGCAUGGCAAGGACUUCAGACCAAAGGGUAUGAAGAUCCUCAUGGACGGCAACGUCCCUGUUGGCGGUGGUCUCAGCUCCAGUGCUGCUUUCGUUAGUGCCUCGGCAUUGGCUGUGAUGCUCGCCAACGGCGAGAAGACUGUUGACAAGACCGAGCUCACCGAGCUUGCCAUUGUCAGUGAGCGUGCCGUUGGUGUCAACUCUGGCGGCAUGGACCAGUCUGCCUCAGUCUUCUCCCAGCGCGGCUCUGCUCUCUUCGUCUCAUUCAGCCCCUCUCUGACCGCUCGCCCCGUCUUCUUCCCGACGACCAACCCGGAACUCUCCUUCCUCAUCGCCCAGUCCUUUGUCACCUCCAACAAGCAGGUCACCGGUCCCAUCCACUACAACCUCCGUGUCGUCGAGUGCAGCAUGGCAGGUGCUUUUCUCAACGCAGCCCUCAACCCCGCCGGCACAAAGCUCCCCACCGACGCCUCUCCGCUCGGCAUCUCUCUCCACGGCUUCCACGAGGCCUACUUCGCUAACAAGAAGCUCCCGCACGCCGAGGGCGCAUCGGCAGAGGAGGCCGCAGAAGCCCAGCUCCGUGUGCUCAUCGACGUCACCAAGAAGGCUCUCGACAGUACCGAGGGCUACACCCGCGAGGAGAUCGCCAAGGUCUUGGGCGUUUCUGUUCCCGAGCUCGAGCAGAUCUUCAUGUCCAAGCUCUCCGUUCGCGCCGAGCGCUUCAAGCUCCGCCAGCGCGCCCUGCACGUCUUCGAGGAAGCUCUCCGCGUGCUUCAGUUCAUGAAGGUGCUGGAGCAAGAGGCGCCCAAGGAUACCUCUGACACCACAGCCUACAACAAGCGCCUCGGCGACCUGCUCAACGCCACACAAGACUCUUGCCGCGACUUGUACGAGUGCAGCGCGCCCGAAAUUGACGAGCUUUGCCGCAUUGCACGCGAGAACGGCUCGUAUGGUAGCAGACUUACCGGUGCUGGCUGGGGUGGCUGCACAGUCCAUAUGGUGCCUGCUGACAAGGUUGCUGCUGUCAAGGAGGCGUGGGAGAGGGAAUACUACUCGAAGCGCGAGCUUACUGAGGAGCAAAAGGAGGGUGCUGUUGUUGUGAGCCGGCCAGGCAGUGGAAGUGCGGCAUAUCUCCUCAAGGAGGGAGCGUUGUAAAAGCAACGAUACCCGGUACUGGAUGAAUAAAGAGGAGGACCUCGUAGGCUAUUUAGCAGUACAUAUGUUUAUGAC